AUGUGCUUCUUCGAUCCGCUUGGUUUACUUUCUCCGUUCACGAUCCACGGAAAGAUCAGCGUGCAGCACUUAUGGCGUAGUGGCUGCGAUUGGGACGACGCGAUUAACGACGAUUGCUGGGAAAUGUGGAAGCGCUGGAUUGCUGUACUGCCGGAAGUCGAGAACAUUUGGAUUGCACGUUGCUAUCUUGGAGAUUCCUUGUCGUCUGCGGUUGAGUCAAUUGAAAUUCACAUCUUCACGGAUGCCAGCGAACACGCAUACGGCUGUGUUGCGUAUCUGCGAGUAGUCAUCGACGGAGCUGUGCGGUGUAUUCUAGCUAUGUCUCGAUCGAAAGUGGCACCGUUGAAGUGCCAGUCAAUCCCGCGACUGGAGUUGAUGGCGGCUGUACUUGGAGCGCGGAUGGGUCAAACGAUGAUCGCUACGCAUUCACUGAAAAUCGAUCGAUGCGUACUGUGGACAGAUUCACGAACGGUUUGGAGUUGGAUCCGGUCUGACCAACAUAAAUACAAACAGUUUGUUGCGUUCAGGAUCGGAGAAAUACUGGAGUUGACACGAGCGACGGAUUGGCGAUGGGUUCCAACGAAGCAGAAUAUGGCGGACGUCCUGACGAAAUGGCAUCGGGGUAACGAUCUGGAAAGCGAUGGGGUAUGGUUCACGGGUGCACCGUUCCUGCACCAGCCCGAAGACCAGUGGCCGACUAUGGAGGUAACGAUCGAAGAGACGUACGAGGAAGCCAGGGGCCACGUGACAUUCCAUGGCGUGGUUGAAGUAGACCGAUGCUCGAGAUGGACAACGCUGCAAAGGGUGAUGGCGUGUGCGGUCAGGUUCAUCGACAAUUGCAAACGCAAGGUAGCAGGGCUGCCGAUAGUCACCUUGAAGGCAACAGAUAACCCGCAACAUCAAAUCCUGGUACCGAUGCAAUCGAUAGAACGUCCGCUCGAGAGAGAUGAGUUUCGAACUGCGCAGAUCAUCCUGAGGAAGCAAGCACAGUUCGAAGGAUUCCCAGAUGAGAUGAGCAUCCUCACCAAGAAUCUGGAACAACAACCAGAUGCAGUAAUGGAAACGGUGAAGAAGAGCAGUUGCCUGUACAAAUUGCCUCCGAUUCUGGACAAAGAAGGUGUGCUGCGGUUGGGUGAAAGCACGCGACGACGGAAAAGCUGA